AUGCAAUCGGGCGGCGGCUUCAUCAUUGAUGACCUGUCGACGGUCUUCGAAUUCGAUGCAACUGGCGGCCGCCCUGAUCCUAAGCACAAGGAUACCGAAGAGGAUCACAUUCCAGAAUCGGUAGCAACUCCGGAACCGCUCAGCAGCAAGCAAGAGGCCAAGCUCCGGUCGUUCCUCGACGGCGCACUCGAGGACAUCACAAGAGGCUAUCGUAAGCGCUUCGAUCCAUCCUCGUUGCUGCAUACGCUUCCGAGCUACCUCGCCGAAUGGAUGAGACUGCUCGGAGUACUGGCGCAUGUCCCGCCGUACGGAAGUGGCAGCACCAACCUUCUCGUCUCGUAUUUGCUGCGUUGCUCCACCGACCUCUGUGAUGGGAUCACUGGGUACAGUCUGGCGAUGGAGGCUGAAGCAUUCAAACGGCAACGGAAGCGACAAAGGGAGGAGCAGCCCGCAGGAACCAGCGGCGAUCAGCUUGCAUCAGAUGAGGAUGGCGAUUCGGACUCAGACGAAGAAGAGGAGAGACAGCGUCAGAUCGCUUCGCGCACAAGACAGCUCAAUCUCGCCCUUCAGACUUUGGAUCUCCUCGACCGGAUAUGGGCUGCCGUCUUGAGAGGCAAUCUCAUCAAUCUUCCUGUCGCGCUCAGCAACGCCAAGGCGGCCUUUCCGGAGUCGACGGAGCCCGCAGGCAUGGGCGAAGAGUCUAGCUCGGGUGAUGAGUCCAAAUCUGGAAAGUCUCGUCUUCCUCGAGCCGUCUACUCCACGAGCAGUCUCGUGCCCUCACCAGCCAUCGACGGCCGAUUUGCGUCACGGGCAACCGCUUCGUCCAGCACGGCUCCAAGAGAGAGCCUGCCAAUACACGGCGGCCGAGGCAACCGGACGGUGGGCGUCACGGACCAAAUCCGACUGCGCAACAUUGCUAUCUCAUCGCGCGACAAGCUGUUCUCCUGGAUGCGCUCAGAGCUCGAUGCACCUGCUCCGCCCACCAUGGAAGAAAAUGAUCUCGAUCAGGAGGAGCCGCGCGGCAACACGGUCGAGGGCACCCUUGAGAUCAAACAGGAUCCUGCAACCGUGCUCGAUACGGCAGAGGAGGGCGACGACCCUGAUUUUGAAGAUGUCGCGAUCGGAGAGGAGCAGCCAGAUGAAGAGGAAGGGUACGACGCCGGGGAGGACACCGAGGAGCAUCAGCACUACCAGGACCUGUUCGAUCGCAAAAUCGAUCCGGAUGCGGACGACGACGACGAGGAUGAGGAUCAGCCCACGGCUGUUCAGAGGACGAGGGAAGAAGAUGAUUCGGAUCAAAGGCUCGGCGCUUCCGUCGCUGGCACUGUUGAAGCUGUCACGUCGCCCGAUGCGCACAUCAAGAGGAAACGCGAGCUUGACUCAGAGGGCUCAGUCCCGAUCGAAGAGCCACGCGCGGACGGUCUGCCGAGCAAACGACCACGCGCACCGAGCACAGACAGGGACACGGACGCAGGCGGCGCCGAUGGCAACGUCAAGAUGAGUCGUUCCGAGAUGGGUUCCAUCAACUUCAGUCUCUCGGACGCGAUCGGACAGUGGGACAUCAGCUUCACUCGUCUCUUCUCAAAGACAUUGCGGACGCUCAGCGACCUUUCCGACUUCACCAAGCGCGGGGGCAAGACCGACUUCGCAUCGAGUCUCGCGGGCAUCUCGGGCGCAGACGAGCAAGAGCCUGCCGACGAGCGACAUUGA